GUGUUGCCUGUGACAACCCAGAGAUGCGCGUAAGGAUCGGCGAGAUUGGCGGCGUGGAGGCGAUUAUCCAGGUGAUGCGGUCGAAUCCACAGGCAGCAAAUAUCCAAGCUUUCGGCACUUCCGCGCUGCAAAGCCUUGCGGUGCAGAACGUCGAUAACGUCCGGAGGUGCCACAAAUACAAGGUGGUGGACCUUGUGGCGUCGGCCAUGGAG